AUGCAAGGUAUAAAACUAUUUACUAACUUUAGAUUGUGAAACUAUAAGAAAGAUAAUUUCAGAAUCCCUUUUAGCUUGGAAUCAUAAUAGUGAAAUUGCCAAAAAAUAUUGGGUCAAAGAUGUUGAAUUCAUCAAAUCUAUGUACAAAUUAAAUAAAGAAAUUAAAUAAUCCAAAAUUGCAAGAGAUGUUAAAACUAUUUUAUAAACACCAAUGAAUUACUCAAUCUAAGAAUUUUUUAAUUUAUUGAUAUUUAAUAAUAGAGAUGUUGAAGCUACCAUAACAAAUGUAGUUGAUACCUUUGUAACUCGUAAUCCUAAAGUUGGUUACAAUUAAUAUUUGAUUAAAUUAACAAUAUUCUUGUUAUGUUUUUGUAAGGACUAUGUUUGUUUAAAAAUUCUAGAAGAUUUAUAUAAUAAAAUACCAAAACAAUAUUAUCCUGAGUAUUAAACUACUUAAGAAUUUAUUAAAGAUCAUGAUUAAAUGUAACAUGAUGCUAUUUAAGAUGUUAAAUUUAGAUUCAAAUUGGAAUAAGAUUAAAUUAUGGCAGCCAAAUAAUUUAUUGAAUCAGCUAUGAUGCAUUAUAAGAAUCAAUUCUUUCUAAAUCUAACAUUUUCUAGUGCUUUCUAUAUUUUAGAUAAAAUUAUCUAAAGUAAUGAUUCAACAGAAAUUGAUAAAUUCUUUAGUGUAAUAAUUCAAAUUAAUAUUAAUUAAUUACAAACUAAAAAUUCUGAGCUUGUAAUAGCUAGAACUACAACUGUUGAAAGCAUAAAAUAAUAUUAAAAUUAAUUAGCUAAAAAAAGAUCUUCAUUAUAUUUAUCUGUUGAUAAAUGUGCUUAAGAUGCUAGAUAAUAAUCUCAAUAAUCUUGUCGCACAAUACAAAAAAAAUUUGAAGUUAGUGAAUUCGAGGCAGAUGAGAAUGAAAAUUUAAGUCAUCAAUCACCUACUUUACUCUAAUCAUAAAAAUUAGAAAUUACAAAAUUAACAUAAGAACUUUUAUAAUUGGAAUAAUAAAUAAAUUAAUUAAGAAUUGAAAAUCAAUAAUUAGAAGAAAUUAGUGUUUAAAAUACUGUAGUUCUUUUUAAAGAAUAUGAAAACACUAUAAGUGAUUUAAUAGAUUAGACAGAGAUAUUAUUAAAAUAAUCAAUGAUGAGUGGUUGA